CGCUAAGGUAGUCUUUACGGCUUCACGGUUUACCGAGGAAGGAAAAUGAUCCGUUCAAAGUUAAGCCACACAGACAUUUACUAGUAUGUCCGGAAGCUGUGAUAAAGGCGCCUCGAGGAGAAAGUUUGACGAGCGGAGAAGGGCGUAUGGUCAGCGCACGGUGAGCGAUGACGAUGGUGACGAGUCGGAUACUCUGACCGAGUUGUCCCGUGAAUCGCUAACAAGUAGUCAGGGCAGAAGCAGCAUCGGUUCCAUCCCAUGGGCGGAAGAUGCGAUCAAGCAGAACCAAACCGAAUGGGAGCGAAUAGAUAGAAUGUUCUACGGUGAGGAGGAGCUACCAUCAGAUCCAAAGCUACGGGAGGAAAUAUUGGAAUGGACCUCCGUGUUUCCAUUCCUGCGACUUACGGGUAAAUCGCUAAGUAUCGAAGAGUCUGAGUACGUGAAAGGGAAUGAUCCAUUUCACGAGGAAAUCCUUAUGGUGGAUCCCCCAUUGAUCAGUCGGACACGAUCGUCACGUUCCGGCAAAGAUGGAUCCAGCAAACACACCACGAAGGACAUAGACAGCGCCCUCACCUGUUGUGAGCUGGAUAAAUGUUUAUAUAUCAGCUCUGGCUCGGCGAUUCGCCAGAACAAUCAGCCAAACGUGGUGAAGACAGGUCGCCGAUCAGGCACGGAUCUGGCACCGGAGUAUUUAGAUAGGAACGAGAAACCGUACAUCAAGGUGAAACCCUUCAACAGUCUGAUGGUUCCUCAAGUGCCCAUCGUUCCGAUAGGUUCGUAUGGAUUGUUAAUAUCAAACCACUGCGUUGGUACAGGAAGCUACCUGUCCAGCAGCAGGAAUUGCAGCGCACAAUCAGUGUCUCACUCGAGCCAUGGCGUCGACGGGCUAUCCUACGGUGGACGAAGUAGGAAUGGUAAUUUGCAACGCAAACUAGCACCGUUGCCCCACCGGCCACAACAGCAUCAGCCGCAGCAGCAUAAACCAUCUAAAACCAUCGAAACGACUAUCCUAUCUGCCUCGGCCUCGGCUACACACAACCGCGUUCCACCAUUGGCUAAGAAUUACAAGUUUCUAGUGCAAAAUAGUCACGUUGCUCCAACGUUGCUGGCAGAGAUUGAGCAACGCCAUCACACCAAACUAAAUGUUGUAAAAUCCGCAACUACACGAUACAUGGCCUCGUCGCCGACCAAACACAUCUUCGCUCUGCCGUCGUUGGCAGGAAUCGACGGCUUGACCCAUCAUGUCCGUGCUCCGGGGGGCUCCGUUUUACAGCGAAGUCCUAACAAGAAAAGAACUUUCCGCUCGGAAGUGAUCGGACGAUCAAUAUCAGCGGCCGUUACACAGAAGGGAAAUCCCAUCUAAAAUGAAUGAGCAACAAACAAAUCAUUAUCCGUCCAUAAGUAGCCGUCUUAAGAUGCUUCGCUAUUUCGUAGUCCACUGGAACAACUUAUUAAUUUACAAAAAUAGUGUAAACGUGUUACUCUAGUCCUCAAUUCUUGUAACGAUCUCAUAUGCAAUAAAAUAU